AAAUGCCGGCGGACCUAGAUUUUCUUACUAUACACUCCAUAUGACCGUCUACUGGCCUCGGGAUGGCAUCCAAAAGCGAGACGGGACCUUGAUAGGGUUCAGGCAAGGCUCAAUUGACAUCGUGGUGGCCUCUGUGGAUAUAAGAGUUGAUCUGGACAACUGUCUGGCCCUUUUGAACGACGAGUCACAGGGUCAUGGACGCUCCAAGGGCGCUGUGAAAGUUCUUGGUCGAGCGCAUGAAUCCAGUGCCCCAACAUCCGUCACACAAGGGUCAAGUCGCGAGCUUGACAUCUCGGUUGAUCAACGUGGAAUGCCUACACCACGCGGCGAUCGGUCCUCAUACAUCUUAUACGGAUCUUCUACCGGACACAACGGACUACAACAACUCAAGCUCAAGGAAAGCCACUCGAUCGGUGGGAGUCUGUCGAGGCAAGAGGAGUGGUCCAGGAGAUCCAAGGGCACAUCAUCCCAAUCGACCGCAGACGAUGAGAACCUGAGUGACUUACAGCUUGAUUCCUGCCGUGCAUUGCGGACAUUGCUAUCAGAUAGCAGAGCCAACGAGAUCCCGGGAAUCCAGGACCGUCAGGAUUGUCCCUCCAUUCCAAGCUCGCCCUUCGGGGCCAUGCAGACCGCGUCAGCCAAGGCUAUGUCGUUCCUCGUCUCUCAUUCAGCCACUUUGUUGUGGCAAAGCGCGACGUUUCGCCAGACUUUGAUUCGCCUGGACCAUUUGAGGGUCAUUUCGGAUCUCUCAUCUAGCCAGAUUCAGUUGCUGUACUCGAUGUGUCUGGCUGUCGACAUACUGCUCGGCCUCGCCGCCAGACACCUCAUCAACGCCCAUACAACUACCUUGCAUGAGCUCAUGAAGCGGGCUUUCUCAACAUAUAUGAUUGACUGGGUUGAUCAUGCCCUGGGCUGGCUGAACGAUUGGCCAGCGGGACUCAAGCUGAACACUCCGUUGUCCGAUUUUUUCCGAACAAAUCUGGGUAUGAUCAUACGAACGUGGGGAGAGCUCUUUUCACCUCAUAUGGACAGGAUCAGCUCGGUGAUCCUCAACCAAUUACUACCGCGAAUAUCUACUUUGGGUCUAACUUUGGCUCUCGCCGUGGUUCACGACGCGUUGCUGCUCUCGAGCCUUCAUUUACGUCUUUGCUGGAACCUCACACGAUGGAUCUGUCUAUGGCAAUUGGAGUCUCUGUCAGGUCUAUGGAAUUUAUUUCGCGGCAAGCGCUGGAACAUGCUCAGGAAGAGAACAGAUUCGUACGAAUACGAUGUCGAUCAGCUUUUCGUCGGCACUCUUUUCUUCACAGUCUCCAUCUUCCUUCUUCCUACCGUGGUGGUAUACACUGCACUAUUCGGAUUGGUCAUGUGCGUUGUCAAGGCAACUCAGCGUGCCAUGGACGUCGUUGUCCUGUGCUCCGUCCGAGGCCCAGCACGCGCUUCUGGAUAGCAGAGGACUCUCAAAGUAGAGGAGCCUCAAAAGGUGUCAACCCCGCUGUCCACUUGACAGCAGGACCCGACGCGGUUCUUGCCGGUCAACGAGAGUGCGAUCUUCGCCAUGGUCCUCGACUCAAGGAUCAUUACGAUAGCUCACGCGCGCGACGCUCAUUUACCUGGUGCCCGCCCCGUAUCUGCUUUCAGCAUGUGCAUACAUGGCGCUCUCGCAACAAAGUAGCAUAC